ACAAUAACAAAACGCUAAUUGUCGUGUUCGCAUUCAUUCAUUCACGAAGUUCUGUUCUUCACAACACGGUGUAGUAAACAAACUAAACGUAAUUAUAAAUCUGAUAUGUUACUUAACCAAAACAGGGCAUUUUAUGUAAUUGCUAUCCUCGGUGCAGUUCAGUUGCCAAGAAUUUUUGCCACCAAUAUCAGCGACAGAAAGAUGUUUUCAACGGGCUCCGCAAAGCAGAGAACCUAUCCCAAAACUUUAGAGGGAUUUGGUUAUGGAUUUACUGAUGAUGGCAAACUGAGACAAAUUGAUAAGGAAACGGGAAAACUAACGGAUAAAGGAUUCGAUUUCAACAUUUACACGUCGGCUCAUGAAAAUCAGGAUCACUACGAAGCUCUGGGAGAUGCGAUCACCGAUGUCAUUUAUGAAAAAUUAGAAACCACCGUCGGUUUGAAAAAGAUCUACAUGCCAGAUGAUGUACCUCGCGAGGAGGCCACUUUUAUUUUCAGCACCCAGGAAAAACUGGACAAACCGAAAAAGUUGCUGGUGCUAAUUCACGGUAGUGGAGUUGUACGGGCCGGACAGUGGGCAAGAAGUCUCAUCAUCAAUCAUUCUCUGGACUCUGGAACGCAGAUUCCUUACAUCAACAAGGGUCGCGAAUUGGGCUACGAAGUACUGUUGACCAAUACGAAUGACAAUUACCGUAAGGUGGGCUCAGCCACCAAGGGAAUCAAAGGUAGUAGAAACCCAACGGAACAUGCGGUGUCGGUGUUUGAGAAGCACGUCAUUGCCUGUGAUCCGGAAGCGGUUGCCAUCGUAGCCCACAGCUACGGUGGUGUCGUUACGGUAGAACUGGCUCAAAAGUUUCCGAAGUUCUUCAAGGAGAAGGUUUUUGCCGUCGGUUUCACCGAUAGUGUACACUCGUCUUCGCUCGUUCCCGAAGUGCUGGUUGGGAUUGGCCGCAACUGGGUUUCCUCAAAAGAGCCGCUCGACACAACGCUAACCAUUUCCAAGCAGGACCUGCCGCGAUACUCAGCAGGCCACAUCAAGCACGAGAUGACAUCCUAUUCCUGCAUGGAUGCGUUAUUCAAAUUUUUCGAGGAACGAUACGAGCAGUUUAAAGUGACCGAUGCCGGGCCGGAUUCCAAGAAACUCAAAAGCGAUCUGUAAUUCACACUGUUACGAUAAUGUUCCCGCUUCGUUUAUGCACAAGUCUGGUGAAAGAAGGAACCGCUUCAAUCUUAUUGUAUGAAUAAAAUUAAGUCCAAGAAAGUCAGUAUUGUUCUUGUCGUUCGAGUGUAAAUUAAAGUAUCUCUUAAUCUUGA